AUGAACAACAACCUGGAAUUCGCAGUACGCAACGAAGACAUCGAAGCACUCGAAACGCAGGAGUGGCUGGAAUCGCUCGAUGACGUGCUGAAAAGCGGUGGUCCGGCGCGCGUCAAAAGCCUUCUGCAGCAGCUUCAGAUGCACGCCCAACAAGCCGGCGUCUCGCUUCCCUAUUCGGCCACGACGCCGUUCCUCAAUACCGUGUCGGUGGAAGACCAAGCGCCAUUUCCGGGCAGCCGCGAGAUCGAGCGGCGUAUCAAAAGUCUGGUGCGCUGGAACGCCAUGGCCAUGGUGGUGCGCGCCAAUCGCCUCGAUCCCGACAUCGGCGGCCACAUUUCGACCUUCGCCUCGGCGGCGACGCUGUACGAAGUCGCCUUCAACCACUUCAUCCGCGGUAACGGCGGCGGCCAGCGCGGCGAUCAGGUGUAUUUCCAGGGGCACGCCUCGCCGGGCAUCUACGCGCGCGCCUUUCUGGAAGGGCGGCUGUCGCAGGAACAACUCGAAAACUUCCGCAACGAACUCAAACCCGGGGGCGGCUUGGCCUCGUACCCCCACCCGUGGCUGAUGCCGGAUUUCUGGGAGUUCCCCACCGUUUCCAUGGGGCUCGGCCCUAUCAUGGGAAUUUACCAGGCGCGCUUCAACUGCUACCUGGAAGACCGGGGCCUGCUGCAGCCCGACCCGCGUGCCAAGGUGUGGGUCUUCCUGGGCGACGGCGAGACCGACGAGCCCGAAGCCCUCGGCUCGAUCAGCCUGGCCUACCGCGCGAAGCUCAACAACCUGAUUUUCGUCGUCAAUUGCAACCUUCAGCGUCUCGACGGACCGGUGCGCGGCAAUGGCAAGAUCAUCCAGGAACUCGAAGCGGUGUUCCGCGGCGCCGGCUGGACGGUCAUUAAGGUCGUCUGGGGCAGCGGUUGGGACCCCGUAUUCGCCCGCGAUUACGAUGGCCGGCUGGCCAAACGCCUGGGCGAGAUCGUCGACGGGGAGUACCAGAAAUUCUCGGUGUCCGACGGCGCCUACAUCCGCGAGCACAUCUGCAACGGCGACCCCCACCUGCUGGACCUACUCAGCCAUCUUUCCGACGAGCAACUGCGUCGCAUGCGGCGCGGUGGGCACGAUCCCGAGAAGGUGUACGCGGCAUACAAGGUGGCAAUGGAAAACGACGAAGCGCCGACCGUCAUUCUGGCGCAGACCAUCAAGGGCUACGGACUCGGCGAAGGCGGUGAGGGGCGUAAUAUCACCCACAAGCAAAAGCUGCUCAACGAGGACGAAUUGCGCGAGUUUCGUGCCCGCUUCGGCAUUCCCAUCUCCGACGACACGCUGCCGGAGCGCCGUUCUAUCGCCCGCCGCCGUCAGGAGUCCGCCCCGCGCCUGCGCACGCCCCCCGAAUCGCUGUUCGAGGAGCUCUACCACGGCACCGGCAACCGGGCGAUUUCGACCACCAUGGCAUUUGUACGCCUGCUGUCCAAACUGCUGCGCGAGCGCGAUAUCGGCAAGCUGAUCGUGCCCAUCGUGCCGGAUGAAGCGCGCACCUUCGGCAUGGAAUCCCUGUUCCGGCAGUGCGGCAUCUACUCGCACAUCGGCCAACGCUACGAACCUGUCGACGCCGAUAGCCUGCUCUACUACAAGGAGUCCACCGACGGCCAACUGCUCGAGGAGGGCAUUACCGAAGCCGGCUCCAUGGCUUCGUUCAUCGCCGCCGGCACGGCCUACGCCACCCACGGCAUCAACACGAUUCCGUUCUUCAUCUAUUACUCCAUCCACCUGCUGGCCUAUCCCAUCCCGAACCUGCUGGCCUAUGACCCGGCGUUCGCCUACGAGGUCGCGGUCAUCAUCCGCGACGGCAUCCGCCGCAUGUACGAGGAACAGGAGAACGUCUUCUAUUACCUGACCGUAGAGAACCAGAAUUACCCGAUGCCGCCGAUGCCCGACGACCCGGCCAUCAAGGAGGGCAUCCUCAAGGGCAUGUACCGCUUCAAAACGGCGGAAAACCCGACGGCCCCGCUCAAGGCCCAACUCAUGGGUAGCGGCGCCAUCAUGAACGAAGUGCUGGAGGCCCAGCAGUUGCUCGCCGAACGCUAUCACGUCGCCGCCGACGUGUGGAGCGUGACCAGUUACAAGGCGCUGCGCCGGGAGGGGUUGGAGGUCGUCCGCUGGAACAUGCUGCAUCCGGACGAAACCCCUCGCCAGUCCCAUCUCAGCAAGUGCGUCGCUGACGCGCCGGGGGUGUUCGUAGCCGCUUCGGAUUACACCAAAACGCUGCCCGACUCGGUGGCGCGUUGGUUCCCCAGACCCCUCACUGCCCUGGGAACCGACGGUUUCGGACGCAGUGACGGCCGCAAGGCGCUGCGCCAUUUCUUCGAGGUCGACGCGCGCUUCAUCGCUUACGCCACCCUGCACGCCCUGGCGCUCGACGGGCAGCUAUCCGUUGAGGCAUUGCAGCAAGCCCAGCAGGACCUCGAGAUUGACGCCGAGAAGAUCAACCCAAUGAUGGCCUGA